CUGAAUUUUAUCCAAGAUAUUCUUUUUUGCAAUUUAAAAAAAAUAUAUAUAUAUAUAUAUAUAUAAAAAUGUUGAUUGAACCAAAAUUAACAAAUACAUCAAAAAAUUUUGGUAAACCGCCAGAAAAGCAAAAUCCUUUAUUACAAAGAUUAGGUGCUCCACAUAUAGAUUCUUUUAAUUAUAUGCUAGAAGAUGGUUUAUGUAAAGCUGUUAAAGAUAAUCCAUAUGUUUAUAUUCAUCUUCCAAAUAAAGACAAAGUAGCAUUAUGGAUUGAUGAUGUGUCUAUUGAUCAACCUAGUGUUCCAUCUGGUAUAAUUGGAGUAAAAACUCAUAAAAUUUAUCCUACAGAAUGCCGACAACGAGGAUGUAGUUAUAAAGGAAAGAUAACAGUUAAAUUAGGAUGGUCUAUCAAUGAUAAAUUACAAGAGACUCUUGCAAGAGAUUUGGGAGAAAUUCCAAUAAUGAUUAAAUCUAAUAGAUGUCAUUUAAAUAAGAUGAAUCCUAAAGAUUUAGUUCUUCAUGGAGAACAUGAACAAGAAUGGGGUGGAUAUUUUGUUAUUAAAGGACUUGAGAGAAUUAUAAGAAUGUUACUAAUGACAAGAAGAAAUUAUCCUAUUGCUAUUAAAAGAUCAGGAUGGAAAACUCGUGGCAUACAAUUUAGCGAUCUUGGUUUAUUUUUAAGAAGUGUUAGAGAUGAUAAUACCACAGCUAAUAAUACUUUGCAUUACGUAACUGAUGGCUCUGCAAAAUUAAUGUUUUCCCAUAAAAAAGUUUUAUAUUAUGUUCCAUUAAUUUUAAUUUUAAAAUGUUUAGUUGAUGUCUCAGAUAUUUUUAUUUAUAAUGCAUUAACAGCUGGAUGUGAAUAUGAUUUAUAUUAUAAAGGUUGUAUCUUGAAUAUGUUAAGAGCAGUACAUGAGCAAGGUUUAAAUAAUCAUGAAGAAUGUAAAGCUUAUAUAGGAAAAAUGUUUAGAAUAAAAUUUUUUGAAUUACCUGAAGAUGCUACUGAUAUAGAUGUUUGUGAUUUUAUCAUUAAACAUUGUAUAGCAAUUCAUCUUAAUAGUCCAUUAGAUAAAUUUUAUUUACUUGCUUUCAUGACAAAAAAACUAUUUGCUCUUGCAAAUAAUAAAUGUGCUGUAGAAGGUGCUGAUUCUGUAAUGAUGCAAGAAUGUUUACUAGGUGGUCAUUUAUAUUUGCAAGUAUUAAAAGAAAAAUUAUAUAGUUGGUUAACUAAUCUUAAAAUGAGUAUUUUGAAACGUGCAAGAAGUGCUGGUAAUAGAUAUACUUUAAACGUGCAAGAAAUGUUGAAUAUAAUGAAAUAUGGAAAUUCAUUGGAAUCGCAAAUGGAAAAUUUUUUAUCUACUGGAAAUUUACGAUCAUCAACAGGUUUAGGAUUGAUGCAAAAUACAGGACUUACAAUUGUUGCUGAAAAUAUUAAUAGAAUGCGAUAUAUGAGCCAUUUUCGUGCAAUACAUAGAGGUUCCUUUUUCCAGGAAAUGAGAACUACAGAAGCUCGACAAUUAUUACCAGAUGCAUGGGGCUUUAUUUGUCCUGUACAUACACCUGAUGGUGCACCUUGUGGUCUUCUUAAUCAUUUAACAAUGAAUUGCAUUAUCACAAAACAUCCAGAUGCAAAAUUAAAAGCUAAUAUUCCUAUUAUAUUAAUGGAUCUUGGAAUGAUUCCAUUAUCGAUUGCUGAUAAUUGGAAAAAUUCCUAUAUUGUAAUGCUAGAUGGAAAAUUAAUUGGACUAAUAGAUGAUAAUAUAAUUGCACGAGUAACAGACAAAUUACGAUUGCUUAAAAUCAAAGGACAAGAGAUUCCAUAUAUGAUGGAGAUAGCAUUAGUACCAAAGAAAACUGUGCCAGCACAAUAUCCAGGAUUAUAUUUAUUUACAAGUCCAGCUCGUAUGAUGAGACCAAUAAUGAAUUUAGCUGCUAAAAAUAUAGAAUAUAUUGGAACAUUUGAACAAAUUUAUUUAGAUAUCUGUGUUACACCUGAAGAAGCCUAUGAAGGGUUAACAUCACAUCAAGAAUUAUCAAAAACAGCUUUCUUAAGUAAUUUAGCAAGUCUGAUUCCGAUGCCAGAUUAUAAUCAAAGUCCACGAAAUAUGUAUCAAUGUCAGAUGAGUAAGCAAACAAUGGGUACUCCAUGCCAUACAUGGCAAUUACAAUCUGAAACUAAAUUAUAUAGGUUACAAACACCUGCAACGCCUCUUUUUCGACCAGUACAUCAUGAUAAAAUCAAUCUCGAUGAUUUUGCUAUGGGUACUAAUGCAAUAGUUGCUGUUAUUUCUUAUACAGGGUAUGAUAUGGAAGAUGCGAUGAUCAUAAACAAAGCAGCAUAUGAUAGAGGCUUUGCACAUGGAAUGAUUUAUAAAUCUGAAUUUAUAGAUUUAAAAGAUCAAAAAAGUUAUUUUGCAAGGAAUCCUGAUAAAUCUGAACUUGUAGAAAAAUUAGACAUUGAUGGUCUUCCUUUACCAGGUACAAUCAUUUCAGAAGGUGAUGUCUAUUAUUGUUAUUACGAUGCAGAUCAGUCAACAUACAUUACUGGAAAAUAUCAUGGAAAAGAAGAUGCUUAUGUUGAUACAGUAAAACUUUGUGGAACAUUACAUAAUCAUAUUCCACGUAGAGCUUGUAUUACUUUUCGUAUUCCACGUAAUCCAAGUGUUGGAGAUAAAUUUGCUUCAAGAGCAGGUCAAAAAGGUAUCUGUUCACAAAAAUGGUCUGCAGAAGACUUACCAUUUACAGAAACUGGUUUAAUUCCUGAUAUUGUAUUUAAUCCUCAUGGUUUUCCAAGUCGUAUGACAAUAGCUAUGAUGAUUGAAUUAAUGGCUGGAAAAUCAGCAGCCAUACAUGGAUUGGUACAUGAUGCAACAUCAUUUAGGUUUAACGAAGACGAAACUGCAGUUGAAUAUUUUGGAAAAUUGUUAGAACGUGGUGGUUACAACUAUUAUGGAACAGAAAGAAUGUAUUCUGGAAUAGAUGGAAGAGAAAUGACUGCUGAUAUAUUUUUUGGAAUAGUACAUUAUCAACGAUUACGUCAUAUGGUUUCAGAUAAAUGGCAGGUUAGAAGUACUGGUCCAAUUGAUGUUUUGACAAGACAACCUAUAAAGGGUAGAAGAAAAGGUGGUGGUGUUCGAUUUGGAGAAAUGGAAAGAGAUUCAUUGAUAUCUCAUGGUUGUUCAUUUUUACUUCAAGAUCGUCUUUUUCAUUGUUCAGACAAAACAACGACUUUAGUUUGUCAAAAAUGUGGUACAUUGUUGGGUCCAAUAAUGGAAAUGGCUUUAAAUGCAUCAGGAUUAGGUAACAAGUCAAGAUGUCGUCUUUGUGGUGAUGAUGAAUCUGUGAGAGAAAUUGACAUACCAUACAUUUUUCGAUAUCUUGUAACACAAUUAACAUCUUGUAAUAUUAAUGUAAAAUUAUCAUUUGCAGAAAAAUGAUAGAAAUGAAUGAUUACUUUUA